AAUGAAAGCAUUCUUCAGUCCGCGCUGGUGACCAAUAACUUUUCUUCCCUCUGAGGUCCGUGUUUGACGCGUCAGCCAGGCGCACCCACCGCACAUCUCAGCCCCUCUGCACCCACUGAGGGAGUUUAGUUUGGACACACUCACGGAAAGACUUCACAUGCAGCCGAAAAAACUGUUUACGAAACCGAGAAAGGAUCCGCUUUCCACCGGGAGCUGCUGAUCCAAUCUGAUCCAAAAAUCCCCCGUAACAAAGAGCGCAGCAACUCUUUAGACACACCCGUCUCCAACUUCAACACAGGAACUGAAUCCACCAAACAGAGUGACAGGGCAGGAAGCCGGACCUGCGUGAAGCGCUGCGAAGCCCCAGAGAGUGUCGGGUGAGAAUAUAACUUCAGCACAGAGGUCACAUCCCUGCAACAAUGGAGGACUCCAGUGAAGACUAUGGGAACUACUCCUAUGACUAUUACCUGGAGUACGGCGACGUGGAGGAACUGAAAGUGGAUCACAGCCAGAAGGAGAUUAUGCACAUCAUCUCAGUCGUCAUCUACAUUAUUUCCAUUGUGCUUGGGCUGAUUGGAAACGGGACGGUCAUCUGGGUGACGGCCUUUAAAAGCAAAAAGACGGUCAACAGCGUGUGGUUGCUCAAUCUAGCCAUGGCAGACUUUGUAUUCGUGCUUUUCUUACCCUUCUACAUUGAUUACAUUCUGCGUGACUUCCACUGGCACUUUGGUGUUGCCAUGUGUAAGAUUAACUCAUUUGUGUCUGUCAUGAAUAUGUACGCCAGCGUCCUCUUUCUCACAGUGCUAAGUAUAGACCGAUACAUCUCUCUGGUCCAUCUUAACUGGUCUCAGAGGCACCGCACCAUAGCGAGGGCCUGGGUUGUGUGUAGUUGUAUAUGGGCGCUAGCUGCCGUACUGAGCUGUCCUGCUCUGAUGUUUCGUGACACUGUGCGCUCUCAUAACAAGGUGGUGUGCUUCAAUAACUUCCACACAUGGGGCGGGUACACGGCUGCCAUGAUACACAUCGCAAUCGUGGCCCUUCGCACUACCGUAGGCUUUCUUCUGCCCUUUACCGCGAUAUGUGUGACAGGAGUACUUCUGUCGAUCAAAGUAAAGCAAUCUAGGGGUUCGGUUCGCCUGUCGAGCUUCUCCAAAAUGGUCACAGCGGUGAUCCUGGCCUUCUUUUUGUGCUGGGCACCUUUUCACAUCUUCAGCUUGAUGGAGCUGUCCAUACAUUCCUCUCCCUACCUCCACAACAUUCUGAAAGCCGGGUUUCCCCUCGCCACCAGUUUGGGUUUUUUCAACAGCUGCAUCAACCCUUUACUGUACAUGCUGCUGGGAAAAAAAGUGCGCCGGACGCUCAAGCGCGCCUGUCUGGAGAUAACCAAGAGUUCACUCAGGGAGCUCAGCCAGUCGAUCUCGGCCACAGAGGUCGAGUCUGUGCCAGAAGUUCAGCAGGAGAGUUUACCAGAAGAGCCUGUGGCCUCAUCAACACUAUGAUUGCAACCUCAGACUUCUUCAGACUGCGAGUUACUCUAAUGUUGAUCUGGAGGAUUAGCACAGCUGUAUUUUCCAGCUGCAGUGUUCAAAGUUUUCCUAUUUUUGUUUCAUUUGGACAAAGUUACAUAGUUACAGACUCGACUGACAAUUUUCUCUACUUGGAAAAGCUGAACAGAAAUGCACAUUUUGUACAUUUUCGCAUUUAUUUGCACAAAGUCAAGUUGUUAAAAAAAACAAAGAGGCUAAAUAAAACAAAUGCUGUGUUUAAAAUGCUCAGCAGACAAUGGUUCCACAAUUAUUUUGAUGACCAAUAAAGUCUAGAUAUAUCCAUUUCCAUCUUUUCAGCUUUAAGAAUUUGCUGGGUUUUUUUUUUUUGUCUUAGUUGAGUUUGAGUAUGUUUGUUAUUCGGACCUCUGCUCACAAUAAUCUGAGGAAAUGUCCUCGGAAACAAUUUUGACUUUUCUUUGCUGCAUUUUAAAGCAUGGCUCAAGACAUUAUUGUUCGUCUUAAAUCUUGAUUAAGGACAUAUUUUUAAGCAUUGAAUGAUUAUGAACCAUGAAGAUGAUCUCUUAAUUAUUGCUAUGUUACUGUAGUUCAAAAUCAUAUACCUGGUGAUAUACCAUAACAUUAUUAGGUUAUUGCACAGAUUUGUAUUGACUGAUACUAUCAUGCUUUUUUAUUUUAAUUUUGUAUCUCUAAUAUAUUUAAAGUAAAUAUUAUAUGUCUUAAUAAAUUUGUACCUCUGAUUAUUA